CAGCAGCACCACACCUCCAUUGGAUAAUGAGCUCUACAGCCCAGCAGCUGCUGCGCUCCCAGCGGGAUGUGCUCCUGGAGUGGACCCGUGUCCACCCUGCCCCCCUACUACGCUGGCUAUGCGACGUUGGGGUACUUUCUCACGCCCACUACCUGUCCCUGCUGGAGCGUUCGCCCUCCAAUGCCGUUGCGCAGGUCCUGGAGACGGUGUGCGCAAGUGAGGAGAGCAGCCGUGGCUUCCUGCAGGUCCUGAGGGAGGUGCAGGACUACUACUGUGAUGAGCUGCACGUCUGGGUGGAGAGACACUGCAGGGAGAGGACGGAAGGGACAAAGGAGACCAAACCGGUUAGAGUGGAGGAGAAGAAAAAGCCAAAAAGCCCCAUUUCAAAACUGUUCAAAGUCAAGAGUAAAUUCACUGUGACCCCUGAGGUCAAAGCUGAGGAAGAGUUGAAACCUCGGCGGAGUGUAAAAUCUUCUCAUCUCAGAGUUCCCCUUUCAGCUCACAGAAAUACCCUUCUGGAACGUACAGAACGACUUACAUCUUACGCAGAAGGGGGAGGGCAGGCCUCCAACUCUGCUUCUCACAUUGAGAUCCGAUACACUGAUCUCUUCGUGACCGAGGACAACGAGUCAUUUGACAGCAGCCAGCAUGAGUACUUCACCCUGGCCAGUCGACGGGCACGCAUCUACGCCCACCAGGCCUGCCAACGCAUCUGCCCUCGCCACCUCCUGAGCCCCCAAGGCACCACAGGGCGCCCACCUAAGCGGGUAAAGGUGAAGGGCAUCGCUGGCAUCGGCAAGAGCGUGGCAGUGCAGAGGCUGGUCUAUGAGUGGGCGCUGGGGAAGCACAUGCGUGAGUUCACCUGUGUGUUCGARCUCCGCUUCCGCGAGCUGAACCUGAUGAAAACCCCGCUGAGCUUACUGGACCUGCUUGAAGACCGAUUCCGCUACUUCAAGACUGUCCUGCCAGACCUUCUGGCCUCGCCAGGUCCCUUGCUCUUCAUUCUGGAUGGGCUGGACGAGUUUAAAUACCAACUGGACUGGAAUGCUCCUGACAGGGACAUCGGCGUGGACUCCAAGGUGCCUGUAUCAGAGCUGAUAAUGGCGUUGAUCAAGGGGAGUCUACUCCCAGAAUCCUCGGUCAUCCUGACAUCCAGGCCUUCCACGGACGCUCCUAAGCGGUUCUUCCAGCGUUGCUGCGUGAUCCUGGGCUUCGAGGAGGACCAGGUGAAGGAGUACACCUCCAAGUUCUACAAGYACCCCAAGGUGUCUGAGAAGGUGUACAACUACAUCCUGGACAACGACAACCUCUUUGUGCUCUCCUUCAUCCCUCUCUAUUGCUAUAUCAUCUGCACCGCCUUGGCUGAGUUCUUCUCCAGUCAGGAAGAUAGUGACUCACGGUCUCUAGAGUUGAACCCACCUAGGACAGUCAGCGAGGUUUACUACUGCUACCUGUUUACAGCCAUCAAGCACCAUGCGCUGAAAGGGAAGGCGGAGAGGAACACCCUCAGAUCGGAGGUACUUUCUCUAGUUAGGCAACAGCUGACGAACCUGGGGAGAUUAGCUUACGAAAACCUUCUAAAGAGUAAGAUCAUGUUCGACAUACAGGACCUGGAACGUUAUGGUCUCACGCCAGUAGAUAUACAGAGCACCUUCCUCAGUCAGAUCCUGGUGCCUCUGAAAGAGGAGAGGGUGGAGAUGUUUUCCUUCUUCCACUUGACCGUCCAGGAGCAUCUGGCCGCCCUGUACUGUGCAAUCAGCCUCUCAAAGCAGGGUCACAUCAUCCAGGCUCUGGACUUCUGGUGCUUUGGUGAGAUCCCCCCACCUUCCACCUCCCCAACUUCCCUACUGAGCCAAGACCUCCACCUGGACCAGACUAGGGUGGAGAACCUGCAGAUGUUCACUCGCUUCUUCAUGGGGCUUCUCCGGACCAGGCUGGGGGGGCAGUUGGAUGGGCUGGUGCUGGCCCCUCUGGAGGUGGGCUUGGAGGGUGAGGAUAUCCCCACCAGGCUGGGUAUCUGGUUCCAGAACCAGUUUAAGGGUAGGCAGCUAGCCAACCAGACGGCGCUAAACCUGCUCCACUGUUUGAUGGAGCUGCACAUGAAGGAAGUCACCAGCAGGGUGGCACCGGAGAUCCGGAGUCUGAACCUGUUCAAGAUUAAGCUGAGUGUGGUGGACUGUACAGCGUUACACUAUGUGUUGCAGUUCUCCCCACAUAGGCUCAAGGAGCUCAACCUGGGAUACUCCAACAUCGGAAACAGAGGUCUUCGCAGGCUAGCUCCGAUAUUGCACCGCUGUGAAUCUCUUUAUCUGCGAUAUAACUGUCUGGAAAGGGAGGCAGCCAUCCUGGAAUCUGCAGUGUUGAAAUCAAACGAGUGUCAGGUGAAGAAGCUGUUCAUGUGUGGUAACAAUUUGGGUCCGGAAGGAGUUCUGGAGCUGUGGAAUGCCCUGGAGCAGAACACUACACUGGAGGAACUCUACUUGGACAUCACUGGCAUCACAGAGAGAGGAACAGAGAACAUUGUCAACUGCCUCAGCAAGAACACCUCUCUGAAAACGCUGACCAUCGUGGGGAAUGACAUUGGGGAGGUGGGGAAGAGGAGGCUGAGGGAGCUAGAGCAUCGACGGCCGGGGCUCCGGAUCAUUGGGAACUUUGUGGAUGACCUAGGACUGCCAAAGGCCUACCUGGACUGGGUAGAGGAGAUACGGGAUGACCGGGACCAGAUGGACUCAGUGAAGAACGCAGAUGCCCUACAGUCCAUCUUGAAGGGGCUGAGGGUGGGAGCAGAUGGGGAAAAUGGGGAGGGAGGGGAAGGAGAGAACACAGCUAAAGCCCUGGAGCUGGAGACCAAGAUCUUGGAGCUUUUGAACGCCCCCACUCACCUGGCUGGAGUGAGAUGACUUCACUUAACCUUUUGCUCCGUGAGGAGCACAGGUUAUCCACAGUGAGAUGGCUGAUCAAGUCUAAAUGGGCAAAAUAAAAUGCAACCACACCUUUGCAUCGUCACAAAACCAGAGAACAACCACUGUUCGGUGAAGUCCACAAAGCAAGCAUAUUGCAUGUAACAAACUGUUACAUGACCUACAGCAUGGUCAAGCCAGUGAAUGUUUCCAAAAUGUUCUGACCACUGAACAACUAUUGAUUUAGAACCACGGAAAGUUACCACGAGUCUCAAAGAAAACAGGAGCUGCCUCCACUAUUCCAGCACCAAUUUCAACUUCAACAUUUCAACCACAUCAAAUCACCUGUUCUUAGUCUAACACAGUGACAACUAAAAGUUACCAAAAACUAUUUAGUCCAAUGAGCUAAAUAUGAUGUGGCUG